CGCGCGACGAGUGCGCGUUUUACAAAAAUCGUACCAAAUGUUGUCCAACGCAAAUCUAUAAUUGUCGCGUUUAUGAAAAUAUUAAUUUAAUUCAGAAAUAUUAAUAAUAUGUCUGAAAAUGUGGGCUUUGUAAGGACAGCAGUCGAUUCAGUAAAAAGUGUACAAAAUAAACGUUCGAUAAGUGAUAACAGAAACACUUAUGAGACAGAGAUUAAAGUUAAAAGUGUAAUUCCUAGAAAGCGACAAGAGCUGUUAAAAUGGUACGGAUGGGGAUACAAAGACUCAAUGUUCCAGUUGAAAGAUGACAUCGCCACGUUUACAGGCAAAAGAUAUCUUAUCGGUGGCAAGUCGCUACCCCAUUUCGUGCAAUGGGUGAAAGAAAAAUUCGAUGUGGACAUCUCCAAGCCCCCGAAGAUUCCUCCCACUCCUACGGUAUAUCCUCAAAGCCGAUUACCGGACGAGGUUCGGCAGGAGUUGGAGAAGAUCAGCUUGGUCAGCGUCGAGGGUAUGGAUAGGCUCAUCCGUGCCCAUGGGCAGACCCUGAAUGAUAUGACGCAUCUUAGAAAUAACAGCUUUCAGAGGAUACCCGACGCGGUUAUAUGGCCUGAAUGUCAUGAACAGGUACAGCAAAUAGUAGAGUGUGCAUCUAAGUUUAAGUUUGUACUGAUCCCGUUCGGCGGUGGUACUUCUGUAUCGGGAUCCAUAACGUGUCCUGAGCAUGAGAGCCGUCCCAUAGUGGCUUUGGACACCAGUGACAUGAACUCCAUACUGUGGCUAGAUAGAGAACAGCUGUUGGCUAGAGUUCAGGCUGGUAUAGUGGGUCAGGAUUUGGAAAGAGAGAUGCGGGCAAGAGGCUUUACAGUCGGUCAUGAACCUGAUUCCUAUGAAUUUUCAACCCUGGGUGGAUGGGUGGCAACCAGAGCAUCUGGUAUGAAGAAGAACACGUAUGGCAACAUUGAGGAUCUAAUAGUUCAAACUAAGGUGGUGACGCCUCGUGGAGUCAUAGAAAAGAGUUGUUGUGUCCCACGGAUCUCUUGCGGCCCGGAAUGGGAACAUGUCGUCAUGGGGUCAGAGGGAUGCCUAGGAGUUGUCACUGAGGUGACGUUAAAAAUCCGUCCGUUACCCUCUCUGGUCCGAUAUGGAUCACUGGUAUUCCCUGACUGGGAGAGUGGGUUCCAAUUUGAGAGAGAAGUCGCCAGGCAACGUUUACAACCUUCUAGUAUACGAUUAAUGGAUAAUGAACAGUUUAGAUUCGGACAUGCCUUGAAAACGGAAACAUCGUGGGGGGGAGUGUUACUAGAUGGGCUGAAGAAGUUAUAUAUUACGAAGAUUAAAGGAUUUGACCCGAUGAAGCUAUGUGUGGUAACACUGUUGAUGGAGGGUAAAUUGGACCAAGUGACGGAGAGAGAGGCCCAAUUGAAUAGCAUCGCGGGGCAAUUUGGGGGCAUCCCUGGUGGGGCAAAGAAUGGAGAGAUUGGGUAUACAUUGACUUUUGUCAUUGCUUAUAUCAGGGACCUGGCACUAGAGUAUGACAUAGUGGCUGAAUCCUUCGAGACGUCAGUGCCAUGGGAGAGGACGUUGAUCCUCUGUCGGAACACAAAACGACGGGUUAUAACGGAGUGCAAAGCGAGAAACGUCUCUCAUUACCUCAUCUCCUGUCGACUUACACAGACGUAUGAUGCGGGAUGCUGCAUCUAUUUCUACUUCGGCUUCAAUAGCGCGGGUUGCGCAGAUCCAUUACGAACCUAUGAGGAAAUUGAAGAGGCUGCGAGGGAUGAAAUCAUUGCUUGUGGAGGUUCGAUAUCGCAUCACCAUGGCGUUGGAAAACUUCGAAAGAAAUGGUACACUCAGACUGUGAGUGAAGCGGGACGUCGCCUUCUUUACGCCGCUAAAACCGCUUUGGAUCCAGAAAAUAUCUUCGCAUUGGACAAUAUGGCGCUCGACCAACAUCCUACUAGCAAAUUGUAACAAGAAAGGCUACGAAAUAUCUCAAGUUUCUAUUAAAUAUUUAACUUGAUGUCAGCGCCACCUAUCGGGCUAAAUUGUGAAGAUCUAUUCAUUAAUUUUCCAUAAAUUUAUUACUUAUGGGAAAGGUUUCUUUUUCCUCGAUGUUAAAAUCAAAGUCAUACAUUCUUAUUUAUAAUAGUUUUAAU